AUGAGGCUCUCCUUCAAGAUCCCAGCGGCUCUCUUGGGUCUCGCCGCCCUCGUUACAGCUUCCAAAGUUGUUGACCUUGACUCCAAGAACUUUGACCAGCUCAUUGGUAAGGACAAGCCCGCUCUCGUCGAGUUCUUCGCUCCCUGGUGCGGCCACUGCAAGAAUCUUGCCCCCGUGUACGAGCAGCUCGCCGAUGCCUUCGACACCAGCAAGGUGAUUAUCGCCAAGACCGACGCCGACGGUGUCGGCCGGGAGCUCGGCUCGCGGUUUGAUGUCAAGGGCUACCCUACUCUCAAGUGGUUCCCGGCUGGUUCUCUGGACGCCGACGACUACAACGGCGGCCGUGACCUCGACUCGCUCGUUGAGUUUGUUCAGAUGAACUCUGGUGUCAAGUCAAACAUCAAGCCGCCUGCUCCUCCCGCUGCGAUGAUCCUUGACGGCGGCAACUUUGACGAGGUCGUCGACGGCUCGAAGAAUGUCCUCGUUGCCUUUACUGCCCCCUGGUGCGGCCACUGCAAGAACAUGAAGCCCGCGUACGAGAACGUUGCCAAGGCGUUUGCGCCCGAGGAGGACGUCAUUGUCGCCCAGGUCAACGCCGACGACAUGAGCAACAAGCCCAUCGCGCAGCGCUACGAGGUCCGCUCGUUCCCCACUAUCAAGUUCUUUUCCAAGGGCUCCAAGGAGCCCAUCAUGUACACCUCGGGCCGUAGCGAGGAGCAGUUUGUCGACUUCCUCAACGAGCAGUGCGGCACCUACCGCACCCCGUCUGGUCUACUGAACGACCUCGCGGGCAAGAUCAAGGAGCUCGACGUGCUUGCGCAGAGCUACUGGGCCGAGCUGCCGAGCCGUGAGGAGAUCUACGACAACGCCAAGGCGUACGUGACUGCCCAGUCGGCCGACGUCGACGGGCACAUCCGCACCGCCGCCGCGUACUACGUCAAGGCUAUGGAGCGCAUCAAGGCCAAGGGUGACGCUUGGAUUGCCAAGGAGCAUGCCCGUCUCAGCAACCUCCUCGCUUCGCCCUCACUGGCGACCAGCAAGCUCGACGAGAUCAAGGCCAAGGUCAACAUUCUUUCCGCGUUUGUCGCCAAGAAAGCCGAGGAGACCAAGAACGACCUGUUCGAGGAGGGCCAGAAGGUCAUGGGCAAUGUCAAGGAGGAGCUCUAA